AUGAAACUCUUCAACCAUCUCCGAAACCUAAACACUCACCACCGCAUUCUCCGUAAUCGAUUUCACCCUCUCUUCAACACCACCAACUUCUUCUCCGAAUCUUCAUUGCCUCAAGAACCCACCACUCCACACGUUCAACAACCUUCACCUCCUUCUUCCUUGAACCGUAAUGAACUCGCCAAGUUUGCCGCCAUUGCUGAAUCCUGGUGGGAUUCUGAUGGCCCUUUUAAACCAUUACAUGUGAUGAAUCCUACGAGACUUGCUUUCGUUCGGUCUGCAUUGUGUCGACAUUUCAAGAAGGACCCUUACAGUGCUAAGCCCCUUGAAGGACUUAAAAUUGCUGAUGUGGGCUGUGGAGGUGGAAUUCUUUCCGAGCCAUUAGCUCGGAUGGGAGCUACUGUGACGGGUAUUGAUGCUGUGGAAAAGAAUAUCAACAUUGCUCGACUUCAUGCUGAAUCAGAUCCAGCAACUUCAACUAUUGAAUUUUGUUGCACAACAGCUGAGAAGCUGGUUGAAGAAGGAAGAAAAUUUGAUGCAGUCAUGGCCUUGGAGGUGAUCGAGCACGUCGCAGAACCUGCAGAGUUCUGCAAAUCUCUAUCAGCAUUAACAAUUCCAGACGGAGCUACGAUCAUAUCAACAAUAAAUCGUUCAAUGAGAGCUUACGCAACUGCCAUUGUUGCCGCAGAAUACAUCCUCCGCUGGCUUCCAACGGGCACACAUGAAUGGUCAAGUUUUCUUACUCCAGAGGAGCUAGUUCUGAUUCUGCAACGCGCCGGCAUCAAUGUGGAGGAGAUGGCAGGAUUCACAUAUAACCCGGUAACAGGAAGAUGGUCGUUAUCAGAUGAUAUAAGCGUCAAUUUCAUUACCAUGGGCACCAAAACAAACAUCACAUAA